GGCCGGCCGGGGUGGCCGCAGCAGCCUCUCCAUGAGCGCCUCGGCGCAUCCCGGCAGCGCCCCGAGGGAGGUGCGGGCCGGGCCCGGCCGCGGCUCCGGCCGGGUGGGAGGAGAAGGAGAAGGAGGUGGUGGCGGUGUCGCUGAUGCCCUGCGCCUUGUGUUUUCCCAUCAGGUGUUGUCCUUCUUGCUUCCCAUGUGCUAUUACCAGGAGGAUUCCUUCAGAGAGUACCUCAAGAUGAUGGCGAAUAUGGUCAUCCUGAACUUGCUUAUUUGUAUUUCGCUGGCGUUCUGGAUCGUGUCCAUGACUGCAAGUACGUACUACGGUACUUUACGACCCAUUUCUCCAUGGCGCUGGCUUUUUUCAGUCUUGGUUCCACUAAUUAUUGCUACACAGGGUUUUAAGAGGAAGAGUCUUGAUCACAGUGGUGCAUUGGGAGGACUGGUGGUUGGAUUUAUCCUUACAGUUGCAAAUUACAGUUUCUUCUCUUCUUUGUUUGUGUUUUUUGUUACAUCUUCAAAACUUACUAAGUGGAAAAAAGAUAUAAAGAAGCAAAUAGAUUCAGAAUACAGAGAAGGUGGACAGAGGAAUUGGGUUCAGGUAUUCUGUAAUGGUGGUGUUCCUACUGAACUGGCUCUCUUAUAUAUGAUAGAAAAUGGACCGGGUGAAAUUCCUAUUGACUUUUCAAAGGAAUACACGGCAUCAUGGAUGUGCUUAUCCCUUUUGGGAGCUUUGGCAUGCUCUGCUGGUGAUACAUGGGCCUCAGAGAUUGGUAGUGCUAUGAGUAAAAGCAAACCAAGAUUGAUAACAACAUGGGAACAGGUUCCAGUAGGUACUAAUGGAGCAGUUACUUUAGUGGGCCUGAUCUCAAGUUUGCUUGGAGGCAUGACAGUAGGUAUAGCCUACUUUAUAACUCAACUAAUUUUUGUGACUGAUCUGGAAAUAUCUGCUCCACAAUGGCCCAUUAUUGUGUUUGGUGCAGCAGCUGGCCUUCUGGGAUCAAUUGUUGAUUCUUAUUUGGGGGCUACAAUGCAAUACAGUGGUUUUGACCAGACAAUUGGCAUGGUUGUUAACCAUCAAACAAAAGACUCCAAGCACAUAUCUGGAAAACCUAUAUUAGACAACAACGCCGUAAAUCUUUUUUCUUCUGUAAUCGUUGCUCUGGUGCUUCCAAGCACGGCCUGGUUUUUCUGGCCAAGGGGUUGAAAUGGUUUAAGGUUUUCUGCAUGCGAUUCAUUUAUGUUCAGUCUUGCUCAGAGAUUCCAAGGAGUUCCAGUUGAACUCCAUUUAAGAGAUGGAUCUGAAACAUUCAGAGAGCCAAAGGACUUUCCAUCUCAAUUUGUUAAGGCUGUAAACCUCAUGUGGCAAUCAGCAUCUCUCAGGAAGGUGCUUUGUCAACAACGCUCUUGUCGCUCCUCAGGCAGAUGUAGGUCAUUGCCAAGUGAGGUGAAGCACUUAAUUCAUUUAUCCUCCAUUUUUGGAGCUGAAGUGUUGGUGUCUAUUCUCUCCGAUUUACAGCAUCUGGAAGGGCAAGAAGCUGGAAAUAGAAGUUAAUCCACAUCAGUUGGUGUGAUGGAAUCUUGUGGCUAUUGUCCAAGCUUGACACAAAGUACACUGCAGCUUUAUAUAGGCAAUGGUAACAUGGGUGAAGUGGGUGAAUUGUGGUAUUUCCCAUUAUCUACGGUUUGUAAGGUCUUUUGGAAGUAUUUGGGCAGGGGAGAGAGAAUUCAGCCUUGUCACCUGAUACUAUCUCCACUUCCCUGAGAAUAGGUUUGAUAAAAAUGUUGAUCCAUACUUAACAUUUGAAGCAAAAUCUAAAUUUAAGUAGAAAUGCUUUUUUGACACCUUUAUUUCAAACUAAUGAUAUUUAUGAAGAUUUGUCAAUAUUGUAGUACUUACCAAAUAAUUUAAAAUUAAAAAAUGACAGUUGUGAAUUCACAUUCAUCUCUUUAGAAAGAGAAUGCUUUUUUCUAUAAGCAUAGAAUUGUUCCAUAAAGUUUGGCUUUCUAACCAAACUAUACUCCUUGGUUAUUUCUCAACAGUGGAAAUGUUUCCCAUUUUGUUUGGGGCUUCUAUUUAGUGAUAAUGGCCUUAGCCAAAGAAGCUACAGAUGUUAUCCUUGUAGCAAAUGGGGGAAGUCACACUUAAAAACCAUUUAAAAAUAGAAAUUUAAUUUUUGAUGCUCAGGCUCCUGUGUUAGGUAAUUCUGUCUUCCAUCAUUCAUUUAUAAAAGUUGCAGAAGUGAUGUAGCCAGUACAGAUUGUAUUUAAACUUUAGAGAUACCCUCAUAAUAACCUUUCAGUGUUGAUAUUCAGAAGCAUGGACCCUUACUUUUAAUGUAUGAAAAGCCUUUUAUUGUUAGAGGUAGAUGAAUAUUUUGUAUUGAACAUCUUUUUUUUUUUUUUUUUUACAAGAGUCUUGUGUAUAUGGUCUGUCUUAAUUCAAUUAUCUUUUUUAUUUUUCACCUUUUAUGGGAAUAUUAAAAAACUUUAACACCUUCCAUACUGAGUUUACUCUUUUGAAAUCUAUACAAAUCUGGAAUUCAUCACUGUAACUGCUUCACUGUAUUACCCAAUUACAAAGAUGAGAUUUCAAAGUAGUAAAUGCUUUCUGAAAAGAACAAAUUGUGUAGCUGCUCUGUGUCUGUUCCUGGAAGGGCACAAAAUUAUGGAAGUAAUAUAUGCACUUAUACUGUAACAAUAAACACUUGGGAAUUUUAUGCACUGUUUCGGCUUGUGCUGCUUCUAAAUAAACACUGUAUUAGUUAUCUUGUAAGAUUUUAUUGAUACUGUUGUGGUUUCUAGAAUUGAGCAAGAUUAAAUUUUUGUAAGACA